AUAAUGCAGGCAAUCAAGUGCGUUGUCGUAGGCGAUGGAGCUGUUGGCAAAACUUGUCUUCUCAUUAGCUACACAAACAACGCAUUCCCUGGCGAAUACAUCCCUACUGUUUUUGACAAUUAUUCAGCAAAUGUUAUGGUCGACGGAAGGCCAGUUAAUCUUGGCUUAUGGGAUACGGCGGGCCAGGAAGACUAUGACAGGCUCAGGCCCCUUUCAUAUCCCCAGACAGAUGUCUUUUUAAUUUGCUUCUCCUUAGUCAGCCCACCUUCGUACGAGAACGUUCGUGCUAAAUGGCACGCCGAGGUCACUCACCAUUGUCCAAAUACCCCCAUUAUAUUGGUUGGGACAAAAAGUGAUCUUCGAGACGACACUGAGCAAAUUAAGGCUCUUAAGGCGAGAGGACAAUCGCCAAUUACCUACCCUCAGGGUCUUGCGAUGUCGAAAGAAAUAAAUGCCGUCAAGUAUCUGGAAUGCUCAGCCUACACACAAAAUGGUUUAAAGCUAGUAUUUGAUGAAGCCAUUCGUGCAGUUCUGAUUCCUCGACCGAAAAAGAGAGAACGAAUUUGUUCUAUCUUUUAG